AUCGCUAAGUGAUAGCUUGAAGAGAAUGUCUGGUGUUGCUCUCCAGGUGGCCUCUACUGCAUUGAGGUGUUCUGCUGCUUUUACUACAACCAGGAGUGUGACCACAACAGCAUGUAUGUUGGGAAUAAAAUCUCGCUGGGUUGCCCCUCUCCGGAAAGAAUUGUACAAGAGACAGAAAAAGAUGUAUAAGAAAGGCAUUGCACACAAGUUCAGCCGUUCUGAGUUUAUUGAAUGGAAUUAUGAUGCUGAAUUGUUUGCCUUUGGAAAAAGACUUCAUGAGGAAUUUGAAGGAUCAUUGCUGAGAGAGGCCUUGACAGACUCAUCUUAUAUUGCACAAGAGAUGAGUCACCAGCAGGCUCUUGGGGUCACUUCUCCUGCUCUAACACUGAAAAGUAACACAGAGCUGGCAGCAGCUGGAGCUACAGUGAUAGCAGAUUACUGUGCCAAGUAUCUCAGGGCAGCUCUUCCUGUUCUGCCCGAGGAGGGUAUAAGUGCCCUUGUGGAACAUUUGUCAUCAGAAGAAAUUAUGUCCAAAGUUGGAUAUGGCAUUGGACUUAAAGAUCUUAUUCUUUGUCAGGAUUAUCCUCCCUCUGCCACAACAGCAGCAAAGAGCUUUCAAGCCGUGGUGGGAGCAUUAAAUGCUUCAGUCGGCCUCACCCGCUGCCAGACAUUUGUGAGGGACUUUGUUGUAUCUCAGCUUGUGGGGAAGGAUAUCAGUGACAUUUGGCAGAUUGAUAGACCCAUGGAGCUGCUGACGGACAUUCUGGCUCGUAGUGGCUGUGGAAAGCCUGAACCACGGCUAAUGUUUCAGACGGGCAAGAACACAGUAGAAGCUGUGUAUCAAGUUGGAAUUUACUCUGAUAAGAAUUUUAUGGGAUCAGGAUACGGUGAAACUGUAGAAACAGCUGUAGCAGAAGCAGCCUACUCAAGCAUCAAGAAACUCUUCCAAAUAACUGAGUCCAGUAACCCACUACCAUUUGGAAAAGAUGCUGAUGCAAUUGCACUUCCACACAACUCAAAUAUAUUAUUAGAUGAGUGGUCUAUUGAUAAAGCUAAAAAUGUUGUAACAUGUUGAUUGAGAAUAUGAAAACUUUUGGGUAAUACACACAUUUUCCCAUUCUGAAUGUAAUUUUUUAUAGCAAAUGCAUUUUCUCUACGAUAAUUAAAUAAUAACUUAGCAAAUUAUCUUGAAUUUAAUGGUGUAAUGGGAUCUUGUUGAUUGAUCAUUUAAAUUCUGGUGGUUAUGUUAAAUAUAAAUUUUGCGAUUCUUGUAGCAGUAGUAUCAUUUAGCUUAUGUAAAGCUACAGGGAUAAACCAGAUUUAGGGCCUUGGUCGAAUACCAUAGAACAUCUUUUACAGCAGUAAAAGUUAAUGAAUGAGAGGAAAAAUGUAGCUAUGGCUGUUUAUUUGCAGUGACCCUUCAUUAAAUAGAGAAGCUAGAAGAGUUAAAAAGGGGGAGGGGGGGUUAUGAAAAGAAAUUAAAUACUGUAUCGCAUCCUUUAUUACAGUUUGACAUCUAAAAUGAAUGGGAAUACAUCAUUAUGUAUAUACUUGCUAUGAGAAGUAAUAGUUACUUAAAGCUAUUGUCAAUAUAUAUUCCAGCAUCCCUUAAAAAGAUCUAUCAUUAUUUUCACUUGUUUGUUAGCAUGUGAUUUAAAGAGAAAUUGUGGAUAACGCAUUGUUUUUCUGAAGGAGAAUUCAGUCUUGUUAGUUGAAGGUAUUUUAUUUGACUAAAAAUUGCUUUCUUGUUUAUAAUGUAAUGUAUGCUACAAAUCUGGAUGUUUUGACCAAAAUGUAAAUAAACCUAUGCAGUAGUGUA